GUGCUUUACCGUGCGCCAAUGGCGCCGCUCAAUGCCACUUCCAAAGGCACCAUCGCGCCUGGUGUUCCCUGACCUGUAGCUCCUCCGGUCGGUCCUUGCGCAGAUGCUUUCGCUCCCGCACUCUGGCGUUUGUUCUCUGCCAUAAGCCCGUCUCUUCCAGGGGACGGAUUGUCCGAAUGACACUGUCCCACCAGCGACAGCACCGGUUUGGCUAGGCAAGGGUCCACUGCUGGGCACUAUUGCAGCCGCGACGAACUAGAGGUAUAACCUGAAUCAAGAGGAUAUACACCGAGAUGUCUGCUAGAAGAACGACCUAGACCAGCCCGGAGAUCAAAUUAUCGAAAGGGGAUGCCAGGAACUGCUGAAACCACGGUCGUUACCAACAAUGACGAUGGAACUCCGGCGUGGAUCAAGCCGAAGUGGGACGGUGCGGGAACCGCAGCUGGAACGAAUUCGGACAAAAGAACGACAAGAAUAGAAGACGCUGAGACAGCAAUGAAUAUGCAACCUUGUCCACCACUAUUUCAGCCGAUCGAGGAGAGGGGAAAGGAAGUCGAGCGUUUGCAACGCCGCACAUGUAGACUUGAGGGUGGAUGCAGGAGCACGCAGAAAGAAGUCGGGGAGCGGCGACGUUUGACUUACCAGAUCUGGACUAGCUCCAGGCGGAGCAAACCUCCCAAACACCGAGUUCCUCCGGCAUUACUACAAACUCCCAGAGUAGUCAUAUUGUUACAGGAGUGCAUGUUAUUGAACCCUCUUUGCUUAGUUCUACAACAUAUCAUGUUGUUCUCUUUGUGGAUCUCAAUUACCAGCAGCGUGCUAAAAGAAAAGAAAAGGGUUCAUUUCAUUCCAUACGUUUUUAACGUAACAGUAAGCAUCUAGAUACAUAGUACUAUGAAGCAUAAUUAGGUAUACUUCCUGUUUCGCUUCUUGUUUUCAUCAGAUCAUUCUUCACUCAGUGAGCGCAU